AAUUCGAUCAGAAAUCGAAGAAAUCACAAGCCCUAAAAAAACAAAAUUUCUCAGUUCUCUUCUUCUACGACAGAAUUGAAAUCGAUUUCGAAAAUUGGAUCUUCCUACGCAAUGAGUUCAAGUUCAGCGUCAUCGGGUGUUGUCCAAAACCGUGGUUUUCCGGUGAAGUGUUGGUGUGGAGAUGAUGUGACAAUCUUCACAUCGAAGAGUGUUGAUAAUCCGGGCAGACCUUUUUUUCGUUGUGAAACGAAAAGAGAUCCAAAGACGUGGACAAACAAAAAAGAUAGUCAUUUGUUUAAAUGGGUUGAGGAUGCUGUAUACGAAGAGGUUGAAGAUGUUUUACCAAAAUUUGUGAUCAUUGCAAAUGAGCUUAACAAAGCCAAAUCCGAGGCAAAUGAGCUAAUUGUGAUGAUACAUGAACUAAAAGAAGAAGCAAUGUUGAGUAAACAAGAAAUCUGCAAGUGGAAAGUGUGUUUGAAAAUAUGUUUUUUUGGCUUUGUUUGAUCAGCAUUUUCAUUCUUUACAUGAUGCUUGGUAAGGCAAAAAAAAAUGAAUUUGUUGUUGCUUAAUAGUGUAGGUCUAUCUAUCUUGUUGUCUUCGGCAAGCUUGUAAUGACAAUGUAGUAUUUGUGACUUUUAUGACUUUGUAAUGUUGGCUUUGUUGCUGUCUUAAUAAAACUUGUGAGUGUUUGGUCU